AUGCUACCAGUCGCUGUAGUCACCAUUGCUGCAAUCUAUCUCAUUAUUUCAUGGCUCAUCUGGCCUGUCAUACAAUAUUUCCGUGAUCCCAAAGGUCUUCCGAAGUAUCCCACAUUCCACUAUCUUUCUGGAAUCACAGAUAUUCCCUACUGCAUCCUUAGUGUAUCUGGUCUCCGAUCCAGAGACCUGACAGAAGCACAUAAAAAAUCACCGAUCUUACGUAUCGGUCCAAACAAUCUCUCCUUUGGAGGUUCCGAUGCAGUGAAGGAUAUCUAUGGUCAUUCCACUCCAUGUGUCAAAGACCUCAAGUAUACAAUCACAGCAGGUUCUCAUCCGAGCUUAUUUGAUGUGUCUAAUAAACCAAACCACGCCGCGAAGAGGAAGAGGCUGUCAGCUGCCUUUGCUAUUAAGAAUCUGGAACGAUGGGAGUUCAAAGUUGCCCGUGCAACUGAGGGUCUCAUAGUUGCAUUUGACCAACGAUGUACAACGCCUCUGAAGCCUGGUCUACUCCCAGAAUCGCAAGACCUGACUGUUGAUUUCAAUAAAUGGAUCAACCUCUUCACCAUUGAGGCAAUAAAUAACAUCGCUCUCUCCUCUACCCUUGGACUCUUGGAACAAGGUGACGAUUUGGUGACAGCGCAGAGAAAAGACGGCACUACUUAUACAGCGCACUAUCGUAAAUCCCAGAACCAAAGUGCCUUCGCUACAUUCCACUUUGUCUGGCACUACAAAAAUCUUGAGCUCUUUGCAUGGCUCUCCAAGUUUCUUCCAUUCUGGAAGAAAGUAUGGAAGGAUGCUGAGCCGUGGUCGGAUGUCAUACAUCAUCAGGCAGUCACUCGUCUCAACAAGUACAACGCAGGUGAGAAGUUGGACGAUUUCUUCUCUGCGCUCAUGGAUGAUAAGAAUGGCGUCCCUCAUAAUUCCCAAUGGGGCGAAAUCAAUGGAGAGAUUGCUGCUAUUAUUGAUGCUGGCGCAGAUACCACAGCCAUUGCUCUAACUCAGAUUCUGGAGCUUUCGAUCCGUCACCCAGAUCAUUUGGCUACUCUAAGAGAGGAGUUAGAUAGCGUCCUUGCACCAGAUAAUAUCGUCGCGCCAUAUGACACUGUUAAGAACUUGUCAUUUCUCCGUGCCUGUCUUGAUGAAGCGCUACGCAUCAUCCCUCCCACCUCGGCGGGUCUUCCUCGCCGGACUCUCCCAGAAGGCGCCAUGAUUUUGGGUCAGUGGCUCCCCGGGAACACAAGUGUCUCUAUGACAAUCUAUACAGCACACCAUAAUGCGAGUAUUUUUCCUAAUCCGGAGGAAUUCCAACCUCAGAGGUGGUUAAAUCUUGAGGAUAGGAAGAGAAUGGAGCCGUACUUUAUUCCAUUUUCCACUGGAGCGAGAGGGUGUAUUGGGCGGAACAUCUCAUAUUUGGAACAGACUGUUGUGUUGGCUUCUAUUGUUCAUCCUUACGAGUUUGCACUUCCUGCUCCUGAGUGGGAGUUACAACGAUUCGAGGCGUUUAAUCUGCUUGUUGGUGAAAUGCCUAUCAAGAUAUGGAGAAGGGAAAUUCCUGUUUGA